AUGUCAGCAUCAGAAGAGUAUACUGUACCAGGCGAGAGCAGCUUUCCCACCCAUGCCGAGGUAGACCACUACCUUCUCCCUAAACUGGCUACCGCCUCAUCUCCCGCUGCCGACCCCUCUCUCCCACUUAUGGAAGCUCAUGCCCUCGCCUCGGGACUUCCCAGUAUUGCAGUAUCCCCCCUACAAGGGCAAUUCCUGACUGUCCUUGUUUUGUCGAUUGGAGCCAAGAGGGUGCUGGAGGUGGGUACGUUGGCGGGCGUCUCGACCUUCUUCCUAGCGAAGGGUUUGCCAGAGGACGGGCAAUUGGACACUCUCGAGGUAAGCGAGAAGCAUGCUCAAGUGGCUCAAGACAACUUUGAGAGAAUUGGGAUCGUGCCGAAGCCCCGGGUACAUGUUGGGCCAGCAUCGGAGACGUUACGAAAGAUGAAAGCGCCGGUGGAAGGGCUGCUGUAUGAUUUCGUCUUUAUCGAUGCGGACAAGGCGGGCACAUUGGAGUAUGUGAAGCAAAGCUUGAGGAUGCUGAGAAAGGGAGGGCUGAUUGUGAUCGAUAAUGCUAUCAGAGGAGGACGAGUCGCCUUGACAGAAGCGCAAGAUCCCGACCCCGAAGUCACCGGGAUGAGAGCUCUCUUCGAUUGGAUAGAAGAGGAUGACGGAAGGACAGUCCUGGCCAAUGUGACCCAGACGGUGGGGGCAAAGUUCUACGAUGGGUUUGCUAUUCUCACCAAGUUGGUGAAUUGA